AUGGCGCCAGCUUCAACUUUGGUCAACAAGCUCAAAGUCCAGCUCAAGCUGUCCAUCUCACGCCUACGCAUGGUCCAGCAAAAGGACACGGCAAUCGCCAAACAGCAACGCCGCGCCAUGGCCCAGCUGCUCGAACAAGGCAAAGACGAAUCCGCGCGCAUCCGCGUCGAAAACAUCAUCCGCAGCGACCUCACCACCGAACUCCUCGAGAUCCUCGAACUGUACUGCGAACUUUUGCUUGCGCGCGCCGGCCUGCUCGAAGCAAAAGAAUGCGAUGCAGGCUUGGAAGAAGCCGUCAAGAGUAUCAUUUUUGCGGCUCCGAGAACCGAUGUCAAGGAGUUGCAUAAUGUGAGGGCGCUGUUGGCCGAGAAGUUUGGCAAGGAGUUUGUGUUGGAAGCGACGGAAAAUAGAGAUGAUAAGGUUGCGAAGAGAGUGGCGGAUCGUUUGAGGGUCGAACCGCCGAAACCCGAGUUGGUAGAGGCGUAUCUGUCGACCAUCGCGGAUGCCUACAAUAUCGAUUGGCCCAAGGGUCGUCUGGCCGCUAGGGAAGCCGCUGCCAACCAGGACGACCAUGAUGAGGACGAUGACAACCCUAGUGGAGGACAAAAGGUGCCUGCUUUGGAAGCGCCGGAAGGUACAGAGCCACUAGUCGCUGCUACUCCACCACGGAACCUGGGAAUGAAGAGUCCUGUCAGUGUGGUUCCCCCGAGUCCGUCAACCGACAACGUCUCUCCGCGUAUCAAGUUACCAGGACCGCCAGAUCUCAAACCCUCAGCCAAGAUGGUCAAGGCGAACAAGCCAGACACGACGGGUCCUGGAGGCAAGAUCCCUGAUGUGAACGAGCUGGCAGCACGAUUUGCUCAGCUGAAACGAUAG